UGAUAAAGAUGCUUCUUCAAUAAAGAUUAUUGAAUAGGACGUACUGAAAGGCGCCAAAUUGGUCUAGAUUAUUAGAGACUCCCGUAGAAAGGCUACAUCAAUUGCAUUCCCAUUUCUGUCCAUUGGAAAUUACAAAGAGUUCUCUGCAAAUUUAGUUUCUGCGUGUAAUGAAAGCUUUGGUUGAUAUAUUACAAACUUGCUGACUUCACAUGCUAAGGUGUCAAAUUGGGCUAUUUGGGGUUGCCAAUUUGGUCUUCACACCCUCAUUUUCUGAAGUUCUGCUUUCUUUCGGACAAGAAAGGGAAAGGUUGCAGACUUUCAGUUAACAUUCUAAAUUAAGUUUGAUCAACCAUUUUCAGAGUUAAGGCAAAGGUUGCCAGUUCACUGUCUAAGCAAAGGUUUUUCUGGUGGUUGAUGAUCCGGAAGGGUUCUGGUUGCUCAGAGAAUGGCAGAGAAGGAAGAUAUAUUUCUUUCUGAUAAAGGGAAAACCCCUAUUUCCAUUUUCUCGAGGGAUGCAAGAUCAGUUUUCAAGUUAGAUGAGUUGGGUGUUGAAAUAGCUAGGAUUGCAGUCCCUGCAGCACUUGCUUUGACAGCUGAUCCUAUUGCAUCUCUGGUUGAUACUGCUUUCAUUGGCCAAUUAGGUGCAGUAGAACUUGCUGCUGUAGGAGUUUCAAUAGCUGUGUUCAACCAAGUAUCUCGGGUUGCAAUCUUCCCUCUUGUCAGUGUCACUACCUCUUUUGUUGCUGAGGAAGAUACUAUCACGAGAGGCAGCUCAAUCCCACAGGACCCUGAAAGUGCUGAUAAUGGUGGAUCAAUGUUGGUUGAAAACAAAAGGUUGAUUCCUCAAAAUGAUUCUGAAGAGUGUGGAAACAGAGAUGAACCGAUUGCAAACAGCUUUGAAGUAGUAGCUGCUAACAGCACAAAGCGGCACAUCCCAUCAGCCUCAUCAGCUUUGAUCAUUGGGGGUAUCCUUGGUAUCGUCCAAGCAAUACUCUUAAUAGCAGGGGCGUCUCCCGUGCUAAAAUUCAUGGGGAUAAAAUCUGGAUCACCAAUGUUAAAACCUGCACAACAGUACUUAGCAUUGAGGUCACUUGGGGCUCCAGCAGUUCUUCUCUCUUUAGCCAUGCAGGGGGUUUUUCGGGGAUUUAAGGACACAAAGACUCCACUCUUUGCAACCGUGGUGGGAGAUUUAACAAACAUAAUAUUGGAUCCUAUCUUUAUCUUUGUUUUCGGCCUAGGUGUUAGAGGUGCGGCUAUUUCACAUGUCAUUUCUCAGUACCUUAUUUCGAUCAUACUUUUUUGGAGAUUAAUGGAGAAAGUUGAUUUAAUGCCCCCUAGUCUCAAAGGCCUGCAAUUUGCUCGAUUUCUUAAAAACGGUUUUCUGUUAUUGAUGAGGGUGAUAGCUGUUACAUUUUGUGUAACCCUAGCUGCAUCAUUAGCUGCACGACUAGGGCCCACAGAAAUGGCUGCAUUCCAGGUGUGCUUGCAGGUCUGGUUGGCUACCUCUCUUCUCGCUGAUGGUUUGGCUGUUGCUGGACAGGCAAUACUAGCCAGUGCAUUUGCUAAGAAAGAGUUCAGUAAGGCAACUGCAACUGCAUCCCGUGUUCUACAGCUAGGGAUAGCUCUUGGGCUGAUCCUUGCCAUGCUUCUUGGGGUUGGUUUACAUUUUGGAGCAAGACUCUUUACAAAAGACACCAAUGUCAUUGCCCUUAUUGGUGUUGGAAUCCCGUUUGUUGCAGCUACUCAGCCAAUCAAUGCAUUGGCCUUUGUUUUUGAUGGAGUGAACUUUGGUGCAUCAGACUUUGCAUACUCUGCCUACUCCAUGGUUACGGUGGCUAUCUUCAGCAUCAUACUUCUCUUCAUUCUGUCAUCAACGUUUGGUUUUGUGGGAAUCUGGGUUGCACUUGCAAUAUAUAUGAGUUUGAGAGCCAUGGCCGGCUUCUGGAGGAUAGGAACAGGAACAGGUCCAUGGAUAUUUCUCAGGAGCUGAAAGUCCCCAACUGUAGAAAGAUUUAAACUUUGUUAAGGGGAGGGGUGAUCUUUUUUCAUGUUAAUGUACAAUAUUUAGGUAACCAGCAGAUAGAGACAGAAAGUAAUAUCUUGAGUUGAUAUUGAAAUGCUUCGGCUUUGAUCAACCGUAACGUCUCAGCAAUACCUUUCAUGGUCAAGAUGAGAGUCUUCCAGCCCAGGAGCGUAUUCGCUUGUAGGAUGAAGCUUCACCAACUCAGCAGCUGAUCCAGAAGUGCAUGUCAUUCCGGUUUUGCUGAAACCGGCAGGCACUAUUAAAGAGAUCUUUGAUCUAAUUAACCAUGCGAUAUACUGACAUAUUUACUAUUAAUUUCCAAAACCUUUAUUAAAUUGGAAUGAAAUUUUUUUGCUUCAGGUUAUUGGAGUUGGUUUUGUUAAGAUCUUUGCUGUUUGGGAAGGACAUUUUCUAAUGAAUAUGCUAUGAUUUAAUUUGCUUACUCUGUAGCAAUAACAUAGAAAUUUCAGCUUAUUGUGUUUUGGUUUUUCUUGUAUUCUUAGUUCAGUUUUUUUCAUUUCCCUUUAUCAUUAGUGUAAUUGUGUGAUGUACCUAUGUAAUAUGUCUCUGUGUGUAAAACAUAUAUACUGAUAGAUUUGCGUUUUUGAAAAUAAAC